AUGUCGUUGCCUAGUGCUGCUAAUGCUAAUGCUGCUGCCGCUGCUAGAAGGAAGGUUCCAAACUUGAACAUAGUAAUAUCUUGUCCAGAAUGCAAGGUGUAUCCUCCUAAAGUUGUGGAACGGUUCAGCGAAGGCGACAUCGUUUGUGCCCUAUGUGGGUUGGUGUUGUCGGACAGGAUAGUAGACACAAGGUCGGAGUGGCGUACCUUUUCCAACGAUGAUCAGAACGGAGACGACCCCAGCCGUGUCGGGGAGGCCUCAAAUCCGUUGUUGGACGGUAAUCACUUGUCCACAAGGAUCGGCCAGGUGCAGGGCAGUGAUGUUAAGCUAACUCGGGAGUUGAACCGUGCGCAGAGCAAGUCUAUAGUUGAUAAAAAGGACAAUGAACUACAAGCUGCAUAUGCCAAGAUCACGAUGAUGUGCGAUGCAGCGGAGUUACCACGGAUAGUGAAGGAUUGUGCCAAGGAAGCAUACAAGCUAUGCUUUGAGGAGCGCGCCUUAAAGGGGAAGUCCCAGGAGAGUAUCAUGGCAUCCGUGAUUCUGGUUGGAUGCCGGAGAGCAGAAGUGGGGCGGACCUUCAAGGAGAUUUUGUCCUUGACGAACGUCCGGAAGAAGGAGAUCGGUAAAACAUUCAACAUCAUAAAAAAGAUCCUAAGGGAGAAAAAUGACUCAGGGUUCGCGAACGUGGAUACCGCCAACAUUUCGACAGGCCAGACCAAUGCUGAGACAUUCAUUCCGAGAUUCUGCUCUCAUUUGGGCUUGUCUGUUCAGGUGGCCAAUGCUGCCGAGUACAUUGCAAAACACGCGAAGGAUAUAAACGUACUUGCGGGACGGUCUCCUUUAACUAUCGCCGCGUCGGCCAUUUACAUGGCUAACCUGUUAUUUAGAUACAACAUAACUCCUUCUCAGAUAAGUGCUACGCUACAAGUUACAGAGGGUACAGUAAAAGGUGGGUAUAAAAUACUAUACGAACAUAAGGAAAAGGUUGUCGACCCCGAGCUAAUUACCACCGGAAAGGUAAGCUUCGAUGAUUUACCGAAGGUCAGUGACAAAGGAGACAAAUGA